AUGGCCACACAUGAUUCCACUUCCCUUGCCGUUGACGACUAUGAGUUCCCGAGAGGCUCCAAGGGGCUCGCAACACUGGUAGGCGCUGCCUUGUUCGUGCUGUCGUCUCGACGGCAGUUCAUUGAACCCCGCUCCGUCAUCCACGAUCAUAUACUGGCUAGAAGCGUCAAAGCCGCCACCUACUCCAAGACUGUUCAAGAUAUCAUCUUUUACUGGUUCAUCGGUGUCCAUGGUGCAGGCACUGCCCAUUUCGCUUAUACCAAGCUCAAGCAAUACAAUGUCAAGCUUACCAGCCUGGCGUGGUUGCAAUGGAUUCUGACGGUCUUUCUGGGAGGAUCCGCCGCUGUCAGCCAUUUCGACGACUUUGUUGAGAAGAAAGAGCUCAAGGCGCUGAAGGACAUCUAA